AUGCCCAGGGGCACAGAUGCUGCUACCCUUGAGUCCUCCACUCUUCGGCGCGUUCGCUUUCUUCACAACCAGGCCCAAUACGGCAGGGGGCUGAGCUUUCAUCGGGGCACCCGGGACAACCUGGUGCAUCAUAUCCUUUUGGAGGACGUGCUAUUUCAAGGAAACGAGGCGGCGGAAUCGGGAGGAGGCAUCCAGGUGCGCGGAGGCUUCAGGCUCUCAUUCUCCAACGUGACUUUCAGGGACAAUCGCGCCAUGCAGAAUGGUGUGGCAAUCAGCAUUCGACUCAUUGAAGCCUCACCUGCUGUCAUUGAGAUGAAUGAUACAAUCAUAGAGUCAAGCCACGCAGAUAGUCAUGGAGGUGCAAUUCAUUGCAGUGAGGUGUCUGGAGAGUCUGUGUCCUUGGAUAUGAAGCGAGUGAGAUUCAUGAGGAGCAGUGCAUAUGGAAAUGGCGGUGCCAUCUUCUACGGAUGCCAAUCCCUGAAGAUCACGAACAGCUCAUUCCAAUCAAGCUCGGCCUUUGGAGGAAAUGGAGGUGCCUUGCAUCUUGGAAGGGAGUUGGAGUGCAGAGAUGAAGACGGCAUGAAAGAGGUGGUGUCCUUCAGAGAUGUCCAGUUCUAUGACAACACGGCUAAAAUGGGUGCAGUUGCAUUUUUCGAUGCAGAGCUUCCUACCUGUGCCAUUCCUUAUCUGGAAGGCUCUCCCAAUGUCUUUGUCGCAUCCAAGCCUUCAGUCUGGUCAUGGGAAGACUUCAACACUUCAGUCAGUGGGAAUGCAGCUGUUCUUGGGAAUCUGCAAGCUACGACUCCUGUAAACAUAAAGCUAUUCUGUGCAGGGACCAGUGAUUGCACUCCAACAGCUGGAGGGUUGGCAAUACAAGGCUUCCCUGGAAUGGCUUUGACCAUUGAAGCAGUGCUGCAGGACUUCUUUCAGCAGCUCUACAUCGACGAUACCCUCAUCGUGGAGCUGUGGACAGCUACGCCCAACUGCUUACUGGAAGGUGUGCAACAGCAUCGGCUACAGCAAGGAGUCGCUGCUGUGCAGUCCCUCAAGGUACGCUCUGUUGCCAUGGAGCCUUGGAAUCCCGUGUGUGACAUCGUCGUUCGGGUACCCCUUUCGAUUUACGCACUGCGAUCAGUGCGGUUGGCCACGCUUCAUGUCAGUCUUGGGGCCUCUCCAUCAACCUGUCCGACUGGCUGGAUCUCCGAAAACGUCACAGCAACUGCUCGAGAAUGCAAAGCAUGUCCAGCAGGUACUUUUGGAAGCCCUGGGUCAGAUACUUGCCAGACAUGUCGGAUUGGUACCUUUACUGCCAAGGAGGGGCUAGGUCAAUGCGAUGUUUGCCCUAUUGGGCAUGGGUGCCCAGCUGGCACCAGCAUUCCAGCCCCUUGUGCACCUGGAUUCUUUCAAGACCAGCAGGGCAUGGAAGAUUGUUUCCGCUGUUCGUACGGUGAGUAUGCACCAGACCACGCAUCUGCACAGUGCAUCAGCUGCAGCAUGGGCCUUAUUACACCUGAACGCGGAUCUCUCUCAAGAGAGGCCUGCGUGUGUGCUGAGGGGAAAUACAUGGUGGCCGAAGUUGGAUGCAAAGAUUGUCUGAAAGGAAUGGUGUGUCUCCAAGGCUUGGCGCCGCCAGAGCAGGAAGGAGGCUACUGGGCUGAAGACCUGGGUUCAGGUGAGUACUCAGUUCUGCAGUGCCGCACCCCCUUCGAAUGUCCCAGAGGCACACCGGAGCUGUGUGCUCCCAAUCGCCAAGGUCCUGCCUGCAACAAUUGCCUUCCAAACCACUACCCUACAACUGCAGGAGCCUGUUCAGCCUGCGGCAGCUUUGACUGGCUACCAUUCUAUGCAGUUUUGGUUUGCACAUGGGCUUUGGUAUCUUUGCUCAUAACUCGGGUCAAUGCAGAAUUGUCCAAUUCAAAUCUCAACAAGCUGACCAUUGCAGCGGUUGCAAACCAGCUAUGCUUCGUGAUCCAGACUUUCUCAACAAUCAGGCAACUGCAUAUUCGUUGGCCAGAACCUGUGAAAUCUCUGGUGGACAUCGCAAAUCUGAUCACAAUGAUAGAUCUCGACUUCUUGAAAAUAUCAUGUGUCAGUCAAUAUGACCACCCUGCCAUCAAGUUGGCUGGGCAGCUGCUUGCAUUUCCCGCGCUGGCGUUCGGAGUGUCUUCCAUUUGGGUGCUCCAUCGCGUGCUUCGUCGAACUGAAAUCCCAUAUGAUCACGUGUUCAACAUCCUGGGACUGGUGUUUGCCUUCUCAUUGAGUUUGUCGUUGACUGCCUUGAUGCCUUUCCAGUGUUUGCCCAAUCCAAAUGGCACAAGUUCGAUGGCCAACAAUCCGGGGGCGAUUUGUUACCAGUCGGCAGAUCAUUGGGUUCUGAUUGCAAUUGGGGCUGUGGGAGUUGUGCUGUACCCAGUGAGCAUUGUCUCUUGGGCUGCUUGGACCACGUAUCAAUACCCAAUCAGGGCUGCAACUGGGAACGGUUUGACGCUGCUCUACCGCUAUCGCUUCUUCUUCCAACGCUUCAAGCAGAAUUGUUAUGGUUUCGGCCUCUUUGUUUUGGUCCGCAACUUUUUCCUGGCACUGGCACCCAUCGUUUUGGUACCAUCACCUGCAUUGCAGAUCCCCACCGUGUGCCUUUUCCUGAUUGUCAGCUUGAUGGUGCAGGUCCGUUUCUGGCCAUGGAGGACACCAGUUGCAAACUUGGCCGAUGCAUUGAUGACGAGCUUCCUCAUAAUCACCCUUGCUGGGGUGGCCCCAUUAUUGGACGUUUCAGAGGCGGAGGCCACGCUGGUACUGGGCACCUUGCUAUGUGUUCCGGUUCUUGCUCCGUUGGUGAUUGGGCUCGGCGCAAUGAUUUGGUCCGGUUGGCGCGAUGUCCGGACCCGCAAGAAGUGGGACAUUUUCCUUUGCCACCACAAGGGAGGCGGUGGAGCUUUGGCCAGGUAUUUGAAGAUCAUGCUCUGCAAGAAUGCGCAGUGCGACGUGUUUCUCGAUGCCGAUUCGCUACAAAACCUUGAUGCUCUAUUUGAGACCGUGCGGGAUCAGACGCAGCACUUCGUGAUCCUGCUGACAGCGCAGGUGCUCAAGAGAAUGUGGUGUGCUGGCGAGAUUGCAACAGCGUUCAAGCACCGCAUCACUAUGCUUCCAGUUGCUUGCGAUGACUUUCGCCCUAUGAGAACCCAUGAAAUUGAGGGCAUUCCAUCACUCUGGGGGCCGGAGCAACAACAUUCCCUGGCAUGUUUUGGAAUAAGGGAAAGCGAUGUCACCAGUGCCUUCCUGCACCUGCAAGCUUUGAUUGAUUUGCGAAUGCCCCGCUUUGGCACCUCUGGACAGAAACUUGUGAUCGUUCGGGAGAUUCUAACUCGAUGCCAACUCAGUGGAAGAGGAUCGGGAAUGGGCCCGAUAGGCUCGAUAGGCGCAGCGAUCGGUCCGCUAGGUGAUGCAGAGAAAGAGUUGCCGGUGGCCAAGCCGCGAAUUUUAAUCACAGGUGCAGUUGUGGAUGCAGAGGCGCUGAGCAUUUGUGAGGUUGCAGAGGAUAUGAUUCAGCGGAGGCUUCAGGUCGUUUGCAGUGUGAUUCGUACGGAUGAGGAGGCCCUUGCCACACUCCACUAUGCUUCCUAUGUGGUAGUGAUCUUGUCGCGGGGCUUGUUGCGAGACCCUUGCUUUGCGAAGAUCAUGAUGGCAGUCUUCUCACACAAAGCCAAUUCCGGAAACCCCAGGAGCAUGACAAGGAGCAUGUCAUCGCGUGCCUCCGAGCGGGAUCUGAACUUGGUGACAGUGAUAGCCGUGGCUCGGCCCAGAGUUUGA